AUGCCUUCCCCAAAUACUACUGUCAUUCCUGCCGCUUCUCCAAACUCAACCAACAAAAUGACGGAAUAUGAAGUUAUCGUUUUCCCUGAUUCUGCUACCAACACUACUGUUACUACUAGUAAUGAUGAUAACCCUCUUCCAUCCCAACAAACUCCUCGAGCUAAAACUAAACAUAUCACUUAUAAUGGUCAAUCUGGACAAAUGUUUUGGAUUCCUGAAGGUUAUCGUCCGCUCUUAGUUCGUACCGCGGAUCUUCCAUUGUUGGUUGGUGCAGAAUUCCCACUAUCGCCUGGAUUAUCUUCUGAUGAAGAAUCAAACUAA